AUGUUUCGCAGUACAUUACGACGACUGAGACCGCCACAGCUAGCAGACAAUCUCCCGGCGCAUUUAACAAACCUUCAACUGCCCGCCCGCGCGGGCGCAGAAGUUGGACUAACCGGGAAUCAACCUCAUUUCAUGGUCUGCGACAAAGUCAUCAAGUUCCGAAAACAACACAAGGUCUUCCUGCCCUUCGGCCUCCGCACCGUUCCCGGUCACCCCCUAAAAUGCCCCGUCCGCGUAACCUUCACAUCAGCUCACGUCUUCUCCUUCUAUCACAUCAAAUACCUCGGCCCUUGCGAACACGCGCUCACUCAAAUGCUCCUCGACGAAUACGCCGAAAAAAAACGGGCUCGCUCCCUCUGGGUCUACGCCCAAGCCGCCUCGGUGACAGAUGGCAGCAAAGCCGUCGUGCGAGUGACCAGCGAGCGGAUAGUCAAGACGGCUACCCUGAAAGCGCUCAACGCCGCUGGUUACGACUCGACUGGCUAUCGCUUGGAUGGGACGGGGAACUUGCUCUAUGGCACGAUGCGCGUCCUCGUGCUUGAGCCCAAGGCGGCGGUGAACAUGAAGUUUGAGACACUGGUCGAGCUUUUGCUCUCUGUGUUUAGGAAGGGGGUUCCGGGGCUUCGUGUCUUUCAGCAUCCGGAAGAUGAAUCUUUGACGCCGUCCGAAUCCGAAUCGGCUGCUUGA